UGGUUCGUCGGAAAGAGGAACAGAGGAAGAGGGAGGGAGGUUAACGGUGAACCGGCUAGCCUAGCGGUUCCACGGUGAGGCAGAGAGUAACCCCAACAAACACCUGUAACACCUGAGGCGGGGCUACUGGGUGAACAGCUGUAGACAGUAUAGCGGACAGCUAAAGUAACCACAUCGCUGCUAUAUGUUAAGCUAACUACAGGAGCCGAGUGGAGCCAUGCUUCUGUGAGAGGAGGUCACGUAGAAAACAAUGCUGAAGCACUAACUGACCUCUGUAGGCAGGUUACGUCUCAUCUUUGAAUGGACUCUGACGGCCUGUCUGCUGAGGCCAUGAUUUAAAGCUCAUCUGUUGACAAGCAGCACCAGCAAUGUCUGUCCACUCCCUCCUGCGGUACACGAUCAGGCUGGAGAGGAAACAUGUGGCCACACAUCUAGUCCAGUGGAGAACUCUGUCAGGGGCAGAUGCUGUCAAUGCACUCAGACCUUUUUAUUUUGCAGUCCAUCCUGAUUUCUUUGGUCAAUAUCCCAGAGAACGGGAAGUGAAUGAGAAUUCAUUAAAGAGACUAAAUGGCUAUCUGGAAAACCUGCAGAAGCCUGGCUCACGUUUACUCCAGCCAAUGAAACUCACCUUUUAUGUCAGGGACACAAAAGACAGCAGUGAUACGCAGCCCGAACUCCUCACCUCAGGGUUCCGGUCAGUGAGUUUCACCCUGCACACAAACGAUGUCUUGAGCACAGUGAUGAAUGUCUUAAAGUCCUGCAGCCUGCCUGUGGAGCACAUGAAGGGACUGGAAGCAAGAGCAGAGACACCUAAAGGUCCAGCUGAGGCAGGUGUGCCUUUCUACAGACCUAUAAAAUGGGACAAGAGCUACUACACCUUCACUGGCUUCAGAGACCCUGAGCAGGAGCUGCAGCAGGCUAGGAGAGUGGAGCCUACACUCAGCUUGUGGCUGAGAAACAAUGAGCCUGAGGCGACAAAGAAGCACAAUGCUAGUCUUCCUCGCAGAGAAGAGCUGAGCAGACUGAAGAAAGAACUGUGCCAACAGUUUGAUCUGGCUGAUAUCAGGUGGCAGCGCAGCUGGGGAGUGGCCCACAGGUGUUGUCAGCUCCAGAGUCUGAGUCGACUGUCUCAGCAGAACCCCGAGGCCCUGAUCAACCUGCAAGGACACACUGUUGUGUUUGCUGACCAGUCUGGGAUGAACGCCUCUGGCCACGUAAUACUGGGAACCAUGGAUGUUCAUCAUCAGUGGACUAAACUGUUUCAGCAGCUGCCCAGCUACCGCAGCCUGCAGCAGCAGACUGAGUGGCUGAAGGAGAGGAUCAGUCUCCUCCUGGGUGGCACUCAGGUGGUCCACAUGGAGAGGCUGGGACCAGUUCAGCCCAUUGCUGAGCACUACAGCACCCUCAGCACCUUCCAUAAGAACCUCAUGUCCCGACGUCUCCGCUUGCACCCCAGGAGCCUGCAGGGCCUCACCAUGUUGCUGGAGAAUGACCGCUCUAACCCCUGUCUUCAUGAGAUGGGCCACUUCAUUAUCCCCACCAACUGUAACCCCCCCAAGCUUCAGGUCUUCCUCCAGAGCCACGCACACGAGGCCAGACAGCGCACCAAACGCAAAAACCAGCUGCAGGUGGAGGAGGAGGCUGUGAUGAAGCAGUGUCUCCAGAGUCUGUCUCUGAGGAGUCUGUCCAAGGAGCCCAGUGUGAGCUCCAGUCAAAUGAUCCUGUGCUGUAAAAGGCUGGUGGAGCAGCGCUCCCCUCUCAUGCAGGGCCUCCACAUCUGUGUCUCUCACUUCUACUCAGUCAUGCAGGAUGGGGACCUGUGUCUCCCCUGGGACUGGAAGAGCUGAGCUAGACACACAGUAGAGAUGCAGUCUCCGGAUUUCACUCAGUCCAGUCUUGGAAAGAAGUAUUUUAGCAGUUUAAUGUUGUUCAGACGGCCAAUAGACAUCUUUAACAGAAUGGUUUGUUAGAGGUCAGGAGGUCACAACAGAUGUCAUAUCUGUUAGUUCUCAAGGGAAAUCUUUACCUGGUUCAUUACAGCUGAGCAGUGUUGGCUCAUCCAAUAAGAAGCACUUUAUCCCUGUGAUGGAAAAGCCAAAUAGAGGAAGAAUUGGAUGGUCAGCAGAGGUCAGUGGUUCAGCCUCUUGUCACAGAAUCAUUCAAAAGAAAGGGAGGAAGACAAAAGAAUUUCUGCUACAUAGAAUCCUUGUCUCCGUUUUUCUGACUUUUCUCAUGUUUACUUUUCUUCUGAAACACUAGAGAGUUUGAACUUUCCAGGAAUUAAAAACAGAAUCUGAGAACCAGAUGAUCUUUGGUUGAACUGUGAUAAGGGAUAUGUGUAGGCAGUGCAGGCCAAAAAGGUAGGGAACCAGAGGCAGAGGUGCAAUAUGACUAAAGCUUUCUUCAGACAAGGGUUGGAACCUUGUUAUAUGCAUGGUUUGACAAGGUAAGUAUUUAUUGUUACUGUGUGAAGUGCACUGAAUUAAAUAAUGGUUCUGCUGAAGGUACAAUCUGAGUCAAAUAGUUACUAACCAAUAGAUUGAAAAGCCCAGGUUAAACCUGUUAUCACUCUGAGGGAAACAGGUUCAGUUAGUUUGAAAUGAACUCAUUUGUAAGAAGAGAAAUCUGUCACAUCUGAAGGUGCCUGUGAUACAAAGGGUGACAGACACCAUUGUCUGAAGAAUGAAAGACAAGGACACCCCCCACACACCUUAUAAAGUGGGCAUGAUUGUUUCACAGCCCCCAGGUCUGACACUGGAAUGGUGUAGAGGGAGGGAGGCGGUCUCGCACCCUGUCCAAGCAACACUUAUGUGAAGUAUACCCAUGCCCCUACAUUGUAAGUAUUACUACUGUAGUUGUACCAAAUGCUGAUUUUUCAGCUAGAAGUCAGACUAUUACAUGCACAUGUGAAUACGACUAUAAUUUAUCAGAAACUCAUCACUUCACCAGACAAUCCAAUAACAAAGACUUUCUACAGUGUCACUGAAAGCUCUGUGUGGCUCGUAUUAAUACUGGAGAGAAGAUGAACCAGGACUGUGUGACCCAGUAUGUGGACUAAGAUGUGCCAUGAUGGGUUGCUUCACUGGGUGGAGCUGUUUUGGACAUAUUGGGACAUUUCAGAGUUGACAGGGCUUUGAUUAUGGAUCCAUUCUUCUGAAACACUGUUACUCACAUGGGGAGGCUGAGUACUCUUGUGAUCCCAGCUGUGUCCAAAAUCACUCCAUCAUUCACUCUCUCUCUCUCCCUGUGUAACAGAUGCUCAGCAGUGAGCAGUAAAUUCAACUUUCAGACCCACAUCAUCAUCAGUUUGCACAGCUGUAAUUUUUGCAUUUUAAAAAUAUGGUGUAUUGCAUUGAGUACAUGACAUGGACUCUUUUUCAUGUCAAGCCCAUAAUGGAAUUUUUGAGGACUCUGUAUAGUGGAUACAUUUACACACAAAAGAUGGUGGCGGGUAGAGUGCAGUGUGUAGUAAAUAGAGUGACGUUAGACACAGUACCAUAGCUGUGAAACAUGAUUCCUCCCAAACACAAAUGGUCACUUCACUGAUUAAUGUGAGAACACACUGGACAGUGAAUUGAUAGUUAAUCAAAUACACACCCUGAUUCUGACACAACUCUGAGUAACACCUUGUAGGAGAGUAAUAAUCUGUUCAUAAUGUAAUAACAUAGACCAAAUAAUGUAAUUACUUUUUUAAUGCAAAGGAGCGAUUACAUUUCAUGCAAGAUGUUACAUUAUGACUGAAGUACAACCUUCAAAAUGUAAUAACUUGACAUAUGUUGUAAUAAAUAUAACUCUUAGAGGUUCAA